UGUUGGAAUUGACCAUGGCUUGUUUAUAGUUUUAUAUAUUUAUGUACGCACUACGCGCAUCGUUUGACGGUAUUCGCUUUCAGUUAGUAAUUACUAAUUUUUAUGUGCUCCGUGCUCGCUUGUCGCAUUUGUUAAUUGCAAUGGCUGUAUUUUUAUUUGUGUGUAAAGUCAACUUUGUAGUAAUGCACUAAAAUCACCGAAAACCUGAAACAAUUAGGUUUGUAGGUACCAUAAGUCUUGACACGAUAUGCCUCCCCAAACAUUAAAAAGGCAAGCAGAUGAUGUAAGCUUUAAUAAUGAUGAUUUAAAUGACGACGAUUUUGACGUCACAUGGGGUGGAAAAAGAACAAGAUAUAUAUAUAAUUGCACUAUACAAUCUCCCGAUCUAUAUACAAAUAAUUAUGACUCGGAUAAAACUGAAAGUGUGUACAGUGUCCAGUCUAAAGCAACAAUCGAGGUUGUAGAUGAAAGGGAUUAUUCAUCAGUAUCAAGUUGUUGUGGAUCGGACUGUACCUGUAAUAAUGUAAAUUCUAGUCAAUCAGACCAUACUGAGUUUGAGGUUGUAAGUUCAUCUUCAACAAAUGGGUUUGAUUUCUCUACAUCAUCAAGUUUAUCAACAGAAUAUGAGAUUUUUAAUGAUAUUGUAAGUGUUGAUCCUUUACUGAAGUCAGAUAACAGUUACUUUCCAGAUGAAACAGAUGUCCAAAAUGUAGAUUCAAAAUCUAAUUUACCGCCACCUGCUUGUUUUAAAACGUGUCUGAAAUGUAAAAAACAAAACCCUAAUCCAUAUUUUCAAUAUUGUUAUAAAUGUUUCAGAUACCGAAUGCAGAUUUUUGAAGAUAAGCCUUUGCCUAAAAAUCUUAAGCAGUUAUACAAAACGUCUAACGAUAAAACUGAUGGUUCAUUACCUAAUUCUCAAGAAUCUGGUUCAUUUGGUUUAUCUGGUCUACAGUUAUCUCAAGAAGAAGCUAAUGAAUUGUCUGACCCUAGAGAUGAUGCUGACAAGACUGACAACUUAUGUAACAUUUGCUUUUUGAGGCCGAAAAAUGGUAUAUUUAACCAUGGGAAAACUGGUCACAUAUAUUGCUGUUACAAGUGUGCGAAGCAAGUUUGGAAUAAAUCUGGUAAAUGUCCAAUUUGUAAUAAAAAAAUUAAAUUUGUUACCAAAGCGAUUAUUGUUUAGUGAUGUUAAAUUUUUGGCUAAUGUUAAUGAUAAUACAGGGAUUAUAAAUAUACUCAGGAAAAUAAAAUUAAUUCAUAAGAGUA